CUAAGUACCUACCAUUCCACACCGCUGCAACGUAUUCCUCCACUGGUCGGACACCUUGUUACAGAUCAUGAGUGGAUUCAAAGGUGUUAUGAAAGAGGGCUGGCACCCUAAGGGCCGAGAAGGAAAGAAGGAGAGCUGGAGGAACGACUUCAAAGGCAUCAAUCAAGUGGCGGGAUGGAUGGGGAAAGGGAAGGACAAGGAUGACGAUCGUGAAGAACGUGUCGCCAGACCUCUAUCUUCGCUCAAGGACCCGGCAUCUUUUGGACCACCGCCGAAACAUAUCAAGUACCAUGGUGCGGCAGCUCUGCCCAACGAGGUGACCCCAGAUCGGAGAGGACUAGGUGCUCCGCUAUCACAGGAGCAGACUAGUCAACAACAUGCCCAGCAGCAACAGCAAGAGCAAAGAGAGGAGGAGGAGGCUCAAAAGCCGGCGCCUCCACCGGUGCCAUACCGUGCGAACCGGACGGGUCUAGAUACCAGCAAUCUCCCGCCGCCCCCAGUCAGACGCAUGGAUUCUCCGGCAGAGCGCAUACCUUCUCCAAGUCUCGGGCCAAAACCGAGCCUUCCACCCAGCCUUCCGCCUAGGCUCCCUUCUCGAAACAAUUCCACUUCAUCCCCGCAUCCGCCUACCCCACCCCCGGCCUACUCUCCACAAUCCCAGACACCCUCGCAAGCCGAGGGAUACUUGAACCAAGCUGCUAUUUCCCGUAUAUCUCAGGCUGGUGUCUCGGUGCCUGCUCUUGGAAUAGGAAACAACGGCAACCAAUGGAAGCGAGAUAGCAAUUCUGCAUCUCCAACUCUUGCUGGUUCUGUCGGUCAAGCACCAGUGAACGAAUUGCAAAGCCGUUUCUCGCAACUGAGGACCUCGUCGUCGAGCUCUCCGGCUUCUGCGCCUCCCCCACCUGCUCGAACAAAUACAAAUGGCAGUGAGCCACCAUCCGUUUCCGCCUCCGACCCCAGAAGUGGCUCGUCUACCUACAAUGAUUUCCGGGAGCGGCACAACGAUAAGAUCCAAGCGGGAAAGCAGAAGCUGAAUGGGCUGAAUGAGAAGUACGGGAUUUCCCAGCGAGUCAACAAAUUCAUUGAUGACCAGAAGGCCCCCAAAAAUCAAGCACCCCCAGUGCCACCGCAUCCGAAUGCAAACCGUUCCACGUUCAGUGUUGAUACGGAUACGUUGGCUAAAAAGAAGGCCCCGCCUCCACCUCCUCCGAAGAAGGCAGGGAUGCGUUCCACGCCUGUCGCCGGGACAGCCCCGACGCCGCCGCCGCUUCCACUGAACACCAAACCCCGUUGAGCGGAGGUCUGGGUUGAUGUGUCCGUCAGCGUGUAUCAUUAGCAUAUGUACAAUUGCAUAGCCUUAUUGUUUCAUAUAUAUUUCUAUAGUCAGUCCUACAUAUCCGAAGGAG